CGGGUCCAUUUUGCGUCGCUCCAGCCGGCUCCGGGCAGCCCUGGGCUGGGGGCGGGGGCCGUGCAUGGGCAUCGCAGCCGCUCCCCGGAUCCCGGACCCCCCGAUGGCUGCGGAAGGGGGGCUCGCUUCGGCCCUGGGGCGCGGAGCCGCUGCCCGGCGGUGAAAGUGCCCGACAAAAGGAGCAGGCGUGAGCUCGCUUCACUUCGCUCCGAGCCGCGGCUCGCCUGGAAGCGCCGCGGUCUGGCUGCGGCGGGGGGUUGCUUUAGUCCCAAUCUGGAGCCCAAGGAGAGGAGCUGGAAGCCGAAGCGCUCCUGAAGGCUGCCCGGGUUUCUGGUGGUUUCCCCGGGGGAUUUUCCCCGCCCCAGGAUUGCACGAUCGCCCCCGAUUCCCCCCGGGCUGGGCGCGCUGGGAUUUGCUGAUUAUGGAGACGGUGGAAAAGGAGUGCGGGGCCCUGGGUGGCCUUUUCCAAGCCAUCGUCAAUGACAUGAAGAGCUCCUACCCCAUCUGGGAAGAUUUCAACUCCAAGGCAACUAAGCUGCACUCCCAGCUCAGGACUACGGUGCUGGCAGCAGUAGCCUCCUGGAUUGCCUUCCAGAAAGUGGCAGACAUGGCCACCAACACACGAGGAGCCACGAGAGACAUCGGCUCGGCCCUGACCCGGAUGUGCAUGCGGCACCGCAGCAUCGAGGCCAAGCUGAGGCAGUUCACCAACGCCCUGAUGGAGAGUCUCGUCAACCCCCUGCAGGACAGGAUUGAGGACUGGAAGAAAACGGCCAACCAACUGGACAAGGACCAUGCGAAAGAGUACAAGCGAGCCCGCCAUGAGAUAAAGAAGAAAUCCUCUGACACACUGAAGCUGCAGAAGAAGGCCCGCAAAGAGCUACUUGGGAAGGGGGACCUACAGCCCCAGCUGGACAGUGCUCUCCAAGACGUCAAUGACAUGUACCUCCUGAUGGAAGAGACUGAGAAGCAGGCUGUCCGCAAGGCCCUCAUUGAGGAGCGGGGCCGCUUCUGCACCUUCAUCACCUUCUUGCAGCCAGUGGUGACUGGAGAGAUCACCAUGCUGGGAGAGAUCACUCACCUGCAGGGCAUCAUGGAGGACCUGGUGGUGCUGACGGCAGAGCCGCACAAGCUGCCGCCUGCCAGCGAGCAGGUAAUCAAAGACCUGAAAGGCUCUGACUACAGCUGGUCCUACCAGACUCCUCCAUCCUCCCCCAGCAGCUCUGGCUCCCGCAAGUCCAGCAUGUGCAGCAGUGUUAACAGUACAAAGGGUGGCACCACUUGGUCCGGCGCGUCCCAAACAUACUCACCAGGUUCCACCUAUCGCUACCACAGCCUGGCGCAGCCGGUGAACGCCAACACCCGCCUGUCCAGCGUCUCCUCCCAUGACUCUGGCUUCAUCUCCCAGGAUGCCACAUACUCCAAGCCGCCUUCGCCGAUGCCAUCUGACAUCACCAGUCAGAAGUCCUCCAGCUCCGCAUCUUCCGAGGCCUCGGAAACCUGCCAAUCAGUUAGUGAAUGCAGCUCCCCCACCUCGGAUUGGUCCAAGGCCAGUCCUUACGACCAGCCGGUGGUCAGCACCCUGCAGCGGAGGAAGGACCGUGUGGAGCAUCUGCGGGAGGCCGAGCUGGGCACUGCCAGCGUGGGGUAUCCGGGAAUUAACUUAGAAGACGUGCCCAGGCCCAGGAUGUCCCCAGCUACCAUCGCUGCCAAGCAUGGCGAGGAGGUGUCCCCUGCUGCCAGCGACCUGGCCAUGGUGCUCACCCGCGGCCUGAGCCUCGAACACCAGAAGAGCAGCCGGGAUUCCCUGCAGUACUCCAGUGGCUACAGCACCCAGACCACUACUCCGUCCUGCUCAGAAGACACCAUCCCGUCUCAAGGCUCGGAUUACGACUGCUACUCGGUGAACGGUGAUGUGGAGUGUGACAGCCAGAGCGAGUUUGACAAAUCCUCCACCAUCCCACGCAACAGCAACAUCGCCCAGAACUACCGCCGCAUGAUCCAGACCAAGCGUCCUGCCUCCACCGCCGGGCUGCCCACCGGGACCCCCCUGCCGGCCAGCGCCCCCCCCGGCGUGGCCACCAUCCGCCGCACGCCCUCUACCAAGCCCUCAGUGCGUCGCACCCUCUCCAACGCUGGGCCCAUCCCCAUCCGGCCUCCUAUUGUCCCAGUGAAGACCCCCACGGUGCCCGACUCCCCUGGCUACACUGGGCCCACCCGGGUGGGCAGUGAAGAGUGUGUGUUUUACACCGAUGACGCCUCACCAAACGCCAUGGACUUCGCCAAAGCCUCGCCCAAGAGGCUGAGCCUCCCCAACACAGCCUGGGGCAGCAACGCCAUGGAGAUCUCGGUGUACCCGGGGCCAGGGCAGCACCUCUCUGCCGAGGAAGAGGAGGACCAGCAGCUGGCCGCCAACCGGCACAGCCUGGUGGAGAAGAUUGGUGAGCUGGUGGCCAGUGCCCAUGCCCUGGGCGAGGGUCAGUUCCCCUUCCCCACCGCUCUCUCUGUCCCUGGCCCUGGAGAGGAGACGCCCACUCUGCCCCCAGCUGCGUCCAGCGAGCCCCCCGCUGAAGACAUGCUGGUAGCCAUCCGGCGCGGCGUGCGCCUGCGCAGAACCAUCACCAACGACAGAUCCGCCCCCCGGAUAUUGUGAUGACACCCCCACUGCCGCCCCUCCCUCCCAGCGCACCCCAUGGGAAGAGAGCGAACACAGGGCCGGGCUGAGCGUAGAAGAGAAAUCAAUCCAGUAAAGAAUCACAGAGGCAAAGCCACUUUAUGGAGCUAGAGACCAAUUUAGAUUUAAAUGGAAAUUAAAAGUCUUUGCUAACAGACUCACAAGGCGCCGCCUAGGAGGCACUGAACUGGUUUUGGAGCCUAUUUUAUAUUUCAUUUCUCAUGCCCUCCUUGUUCCCCAUCCCCUGCCCACACCUUGCUCCUGGCUGUUAAAGACUCCUCGCUGCCAGCAGGAGUCAGCGCUACAAGAGGGGGCACCCCCACUGUGUGUUGGGGGGGCACAAACCUGGACUCGAAUAAGUAGCUACAUAAUAAGUAUAAAGAACGCACACAGAUAGACACACACACAAUGCCAAGGACCGCUAGCUGCUGUCCUCCACAAGCCACCUCCCUCCUCUUCCUCUGGACGGAAGAUGCACGGAGUCCUGUGCUGAGCAUCUGACCACCUCCCUCCUCUCUCCUCCCUCCCUCGUGGCUGCAGUGAAAAGAGUUACCAGAGCACCAGAGGAGUAGAGAGCGUUCCUGGCACACCCUGAGGUGCUUUGGUGUCACAGGCCUUUGCUGGGGGAGCAGCUGCCCCCACACAUGUGCCCCCUGGGACCGGGUUUUGGGGCUAGCACUUCACAGUCUCCUGUUGAAAACUUGGCAAUGUGCAAAAGGCCAGGCUCUCCUCCCCUCCCAAUUAGCUGAGCUGCAGAAGGACUUCCCUGGCUCUGUCCAGCGUGUCCAGCUUUCAGGCCAGGGGCCAUGGGGUACAGGUGUUUCUCAGGAGGUUAGACUGCUUGUGUGGGUCUCUAGCCAUAAAGCGACAAGGCAGGGGUCGGGGUGCCCAGCCACAGCUGUGUGCCAGGCGCUCAGAUACAGCAGCACUGGUAAUUUAAAGGAACCGGCCUGCUUUUCCCCGCAUCCAGCUUCGCAGUCGGCCUUAGCCUGGGACUGGUAACCCAAGUACAGGGUAAAGGGGCUGCCAGAUAGCUAUGAAUCCAGCAGGCUUCUGCUCGGUGUGCUCUCGAGCGUCCCAGGGGAUCUGGGGUUGGGUGUCCUGAAGCUGUUUGUGCAGUAUAGUCCCCAUCUGGGUGUUUGCAUGAGUGUGUGUCAGGCUGGGGGGGUGCAUGUGUGCCCAGCUGGGGGUGUAUGCAUGGUUUUGCAGUGUGGUGAGGAGUGCAUCUGCCCACACUCACUCCUGCUCACCACAACAGUCGUAGCCACCAGAUCAGCACAAACACAGCACGCUGACAUCAGUGGUUCAGCUGCACAGGGCCGGGACGGCCAGCACCAGGCCCCAGUGGAUGUGUCAUGGCAAAGGGCCCUGGAGCUGAGAGGCCCAUCGCUGGCGUUACGCUACACAGGGCUGUGCCGCUGGGACUUGGUGCCCUGAACCAUCCCUUUCCCAGUAAGAUGCCGUCCCAUGAGGAAUGGGAAUCUCAGGUCUUGCUUGGGGCCAUUCUCCCCCCGACCCUCCCAGACUCCCAGCCAGUCGCACCUACUCCACACACAGUGCCAUUGACUCCUCACACAGGAAGGUGUUACUCAGUGGGAAUAAAGGUGGCAGAAUGAGACCUGCUCCUUUUACAAAACACCCAUUAGCUUCAGUGGUUACAAGGUGAGCAGAGCUGGCGGCCAGAGCCCGCGAGCCCCACUGGAGUUCUGUCUCUGAGGACACAAUUCUCACUGGGACACAUGGGGGCCCUAGGUCACAGCUCCUCGUCAUUGAGCUCUGAUGGUAAAUGUAAUGCUGCUUCGCCCAAGGCCACCUGGAGCUAAUGGUCAUGAGCGCCCCAAUAAUCAUGGCCUCUUGGCAUCUCCCAGCACUAGGUUCCUGGGAACCUGCUUUCCCACUCCUGCCAUCCUGAUGGGGUGCUGCAUCCUUCCUCACAAAUCAAUGGCAAAACCAUAGACCGUGGCAUGAUCACUGUCCCCCUAUUAACUGGAUUUCAAGUCAGAGGCAAUAGAGCCACAGAAGCAUUAAUAAAUAAUAAUAAAAUAAUAAUUGGAGAUAUACCAAUCUCCUAGAACUGGAAGGGAUCUUGAAAGGUCAUUGAG